GCGACGACACCCCUUUCAAACUUCAACAGCCAAGUGCGUGACGAAAAGUUGGCUCUGUUUUCUCACUACACAUGCUGCCGUCCUCAGACACUCUGCUUUUCGUUCAGAUUUCCAGUUCUUUUAUGCCUAUUUCCUACAGGGCCGUAUGCCAUUCAGCGCAGGCGCAAGAGGCGGGUAUUGCGAGUCUUCAAUCAGUUAGCCUAGAGGAGGCGGAGUGAAGCUUUAAUCUGAAACGGGAGCAGUAACCUGAGCUCUAGGGUUUUACAUUGCAGCCUCAAAGAGGCUGUGUCAUAUUGUUUUGAGUGUAUAACAGGUAGCUCCGGAAUGUGGUCGGCGGGUAACCGGUUUACAGCACGAGUGCACAGAUGUUUACAUUAUUUGAAAAAAGUACAGAAGGAACCUCUUCAAUCCUCAGUUUGUACUAAAAGAUGUGUUGCCGCCUCUUCAUCUCGCAUCACUACUCACUACACAAUCCAUCCUCGAGAUAAAGAUUCACGAUGGGAAGGGGUCAGCAUGGAGCGAUUUGCAGAUGAAGCUGAUGUAGUGAUAGUAGGUGCAGGACCUGCUGGUCUAUGUGCAGCAAUCCGCCUUAAACAGUUGGCUGAUAGACACGACAAGGAAGUACGAGUAUGUUUGGUGGAGAAGGCUGCGCAGAUAGGUGGACAUAUCCUUUCAGGAGCUUGCCUGGAUCCAAAAGCCCUCAUUGAGUUGUUCCCAGAUUGGAAAGACAGAGGGGCUCCACUACAUACUCCAGUAAAAGAAGAUGUAUUUAGUAUCUUAACAGAGAAGUACAGAAUUCCAGUUCCACUGUUACCAGGUCUUCCCAUGAGGAACCAUGGAAACUAUAUUGUGCGUUUAGGACACUUGGUUAGAUGGUUAAGUGAACAGGCAGAAGAACUUGGUGUGGAAUUGUAUCCAGGGUAUGCAGCUUCUGAGAUUUUGUUCCAUGAAGAUGGGAGUGUUAAAGGGAUUUCUACCAAUGACGUUGGUAUUCAUAAAGAUGGAUCUCCUAAGGACACAUUUGAAAGAGGAAUGGAACUUCAUGCCAAAGUCACGAUAUUUGCUGAGGGCUGCCAUGGACACCUUGCCAAGCAAUUGUAUAAACAAUUCAAGCUCAGAGAGAACUGUGAACCACAGACAUAUGGUAUUGGAUUAAAAGAGAUUUGGGUUAUUGAUGAAAGUAAAUGGAAACCCGGGAGAGUGGAACACAGUGUGGGAUGGCCUUUAGACAGACAUACAUAUGGUGGAUCAUUCCUUUAUCACUUGAAUGAAGGGGAACCUUUGGUGGCUUUGGGCUUUGUAGUGGGUUUGGAUUAUCAAAAUCCAUAUUUGAAUCCGUUUAAAGAAUUCCAGAGAUGGAAGCACCAUCCUUCAGUAGCACCGACCUUAGAAGGUGGAAAAAGGAUUGCUUAUGGAGCCCGUGCCUUAAAUGAGGGUGGUUUACAGUCUAUACCCAGGAUGUCCUUCCCUGGUGGUCUGCUGGUUGGCUGCAGCCCAGGAUUGUUGAAUGUCCCUAAAAUUAAAGGCACACACACUGCUAUGAAGAGUGGAAUGAUUGCUGCAGAUACCAUCUUUAAUAAACUAAUCGAAGAUAAUCACCAACCUGUGACUCAGGGCCUUCAUGUACCAGAGUAUGACAUGGAUAUUAGAAACUCUUGGAUUUGGAAGGAACUUUAUUCUGUGAGGAAUAUCCGACCCUCCUGCCAUGGACCAUUUGGUGUUUAUGGUGGAAUGAUUUACACUGGAAUAUUUUACUGGAUAUUUCGAGGAUUGGAGCCCUGGACACUGAAACACAAAGGUGCAGAUUAUUCUCAGUUAAAACCAGCCAAGGAUUGCACACCCAUUGAAUACCCUAAGCCAGAUGGAAAAAUCAGCUUUGAUCUUCUAUCCUCUGUGGCCCUUAGUGGAACUAAUCAUGCAGAUGAUCAGCCACCACACUUGACUCUACUGGAUGAUAGUAUACCAGUAAAAAGAAAUUUGGCUCAGUUUGAUGGACCAGAACAAAGAUUCUGUCCUGCAGGUGUUUAUGAGUUUGUUCCUUUGGAAAGUGGUAAUGGGAUGAGAUUGCAGAUUAAUGCCCAGAACUGUGUUCACUGCAAGACGUGUGAUAUUAAAGAUCCCAGCCAAAAUAUCAACUGGGUGGUACCUGAAGGAGGUGGUGGCCCUGCUUAUAAUGGAAUGUAAUCAACUAACCAGUCACAAACUGGAGCUACAGAAUUAUGUACUUGCAUAUUGUAUUAUUGUACCAGAGAUGGUUCUUAAAUCAAGUUUUCAACUGUAAAUCUAAAAGUAAAGAAUUACAUUUUUACAAUUAACUUUAUAUUUCAUUCUGAUUUCAGUAGCUGUCAUAAAUUGAAAUCAGUUGAACUGUCAAUCAAAUCAAAAUAAAAUGGUCCAACAUUUGGCCUUAAAUGAUGUAGCUGACUCAAUUUGUAUUUAGUGGAAAACAUCAGGUGACAGUUAAUCAACACCCCCAUUGAAAUAUGAGGCCUUUAAUUUAGUUUGUUCAGUUUUCAUUGUAAAAUUAUUUCAAUAAUAAGCACAUUAAGAAUGCAAAUAUGAUUAUUUUUGGUAAACUGCUGCAAAUUCAAGUUUUUCAAAUUUGAUCAGUAAGUUACUGUAUGGAAUAUGAAUUCUGAUACAUUUUUUGUUGAAAAUUUAUCUUAAUUGAAUUGCUGUGUACCAUUGAAAGUAAAUGCAAAAACAUAUUAACACUAAAUACUGAUCAACCAAGGAAAAGUCUAGCAUAACCUUUCUUUUGAAUUGUAUUCCGUUUUUUGCAUUUAUCCAAAGUGUAUACAAGAUGAAGUGCAACUUUCAUGUAUGUUUUGAUGAGCUGAUUUUUAAGCUAUAUCUUAUUGUAACUAAUUUUGAAAUAUAAAGUAAAAAAAAAAUUGUCAACAAUGCAAAGCUAUUGUGAGGAAAGGAUAGAUGGGCAUCUCUUAAUCACCAAAACUGGUGAUUAUUGUUUUAGUGAUAGGAAAACAAUAAUAAAUCAUGGAGCCUUAUACCUACUAUUUAUCACUAAAACAACUGUUUACGAUAUAAUCUGAUAUUUU